AUGGGAGGUUGGAAUGUCAAAUACACAAGAUGGGGAAAUGACAUUUCCGAGGCAAAGUGUGCUGUAGUCGGUGAGGUUCCUUGUACUUGGCGAAUCUACUGUUCUUAUGAGAAAUCAGUGCAUCAUCAAUACAUGGUGAAGUCAUUCCAAGAAGAGCAUUCUUGCACCUCUUGCAAGUUAUUGACUGACAGUGUCAUUGGUAGGCUUCUUAUAAAUGAGGUUAGACACGACAAUGCAUUGAUGCCAAGGGCCAUACAAGACAUUAUUCAAGAGAGAUACAACUUGACAGUGACACAUGAUAUCGCUAGAAAGGCACGGAAGAGAGCAUUGGAUAUGAUUAGUGAAGAGUUUGAUGAGCAAUUUGCAAGGAUUAAAGACUAUAAAGAGCAAAUCCUAGAAUCAAACCCGGAGUCUAUGGUUGAUCUUGUAACAACCAUUAGAGAUGAUGGUGUGGAGAUCUUCGACAAGUUCUAUGUGUGUUUUAAAGCUCUGAAGACAAUAUGGCGAGCUUAUUGUCGAACCAUUUUUAGGAUUGAUGGAUGCUUUAUGAAAUCUACCUCAAAAGGACAACUCCUUGCAGCUGUGGGCAGAGACGCAAACAAUCAAAUAUACCCUGUUGCGUGGGAAAUUGUUCAAGUUGAGGAUGCUGACAAUUGGAAGUGGUUCAUUCAAAGGGUAAAGUCUGAUUUAGACCUCAAAAAUGGUGAAGGGUUCACUCUUAUCUCUGACAAACAGAAGGGACUUAUAAAGGCUGUGGAAGAAGAAUUUCCUCACAUAAAACACCGGACGUGCACUAGACACAUAUACGGGAACAUUAAGAAGCUACACCCCAACAAGCCUAAGUUUAAACAUUUGUUUUGGGCAGUGGCAAAUAGCUUCAACGAGGUUGAUUAUAAAGCGGCACUUAAGGAGCUUAAAGCCUUUGAUUCUCAGAUCUAUGAUGACUUGAUGGUGAGAGAUCCUACAAGUUGUACUCAUGCAUUCUUCAGCACCACUUCUAGUUGCGAAGAUGGCCUCAACAAUUUCUCAGAAUCUUACAAUAGCGGUUUGAAGAAAUCACGUUCUCUGCCUUUAGUGGGAAUGCUUGAGACCAUGAGAAGACAAGCUAUGGUUAGAAUCAAGGUGAGGAAGAAGAAAUUGGUGAAGUAUGAGGCUAAAUACAGUUUAAAGGUCGCUAAAACCAUCGCUGAAGAGACAAAAAAUCGCAAAUGGUGUAAGAAAAGGACCCUUGGUCCUAAUGGUGUUUCAGAAGUCGAAGAAAAUAGCACUUCUCACACUGUCAAUAUGGACAGGAGAACAUGUACCUGCAGAAGAUGGGACCUCACCGGGAUUCCGUGUCGUCAUGCUUUGAAGGUGAUUCAAGACAAGAAACUUAAUGCUGAGAAUUUUGUGGCGGAUUGUUACUUGACGACUUUGUGGAAGCAGCAAUAUAGUGAUUCAGUCACUCUAGUCGAAGGAAUGAAGUUUUGGAAGGAAGCUUAUGGUUCUCAGAUUCAACCGCCAGCAAGACCUGAUGAGAAAGGUCGGAAGAGUAGAAUCCAGAGAAGAGGAAGAAAUCGAUUUAUGAGUCUCCUACUAAAGGGAAGAAAGUUUGUAAACAUUUGA